AUGAUUGUGCUAUUCCUCCUUGCCUUGCUCUGGAUGGUGGAGGGAGCCCUUUCUCAGCUUCACUACACGGUGCAAGAGGAGCAGGAGCAUGGCACGUUCGUGGGGAAUAUCGCCGAGGACCUGGGCUUGGACAUUACAAAACUUUCGGCUCGCCGCUUCCAGACGGUACCCAACUCUCGGAGCCCUUACCUAGAGCUCAACCUGGAGACUGGGGUGCUGUACGUGAACGAGAAGAUCGACCGGGAGCAGAUCUGCAAGCAGAACCCCCCCUCCUGCCAGCUGCACCUGGAGGUCUUUUUGGAGAACCCCCUGGAGCUGUUCCGGGUGGAGAUCGAGGUGCUGGACAUCAACGACAAUCCGCCCUCCUUCCCGGAGCCCGACCUGACCGUGGAGAUCUCCGAGAGCGCCACGCCGGGCACUCGCUUCCCACUGGAGAGCGCCUUCGACCCGGACGUGGGCACCAACUCGCUGCGCACCUACGAGAUCACCCCCAACAGCUACUUCUCGCUGGACGUGCAGACCCAGGGCGACGGCAACCGCUUCGCCGAGCUGGUGCUGGACAAGCCCCUGGACCGCGAGCAGCAGGCGGUGCACCGCUACGUGCUGACAGCGGUGGACGGGGGCCAACCCCAGCAGCGCACCGGCACCGCCCUGCUCACCAUCAGGGUGCUGGACUCCAAUGACAACGUGCCCGCCUUCGAGCAGCCCGUCUACACAGUGUCCCUGCCGGAGAACUCGCCACCGGGCACCCUGGUGCUGCAGCUCAACGCCAGCGAUCCGGACGAGGGCCAGAACGGCGAGGUCAUCUACUCCUUCAGCAGCCACAUCUCGGCGCGGGCCCGGGAGCUCUUCGGCAUCUCGCCGCGCACGGGGCGGCUGGAGGUGAGCGGCGAGCUGGACUACGAGGAGAGCAGCGUGUACCAGGUGUACGUGCAAGCCAAGGACCUGGGCCCCAACGCCGUGCCCGCCCACUGCAAGGUGCUGGUGCGGGUGCUGGACGCCAAUGACAACCCGCCCGAGAUCAGCUUCUCCACCGUCAAGGAGGCGGUGAGCGAGGCGGCCUCGCCGGGCACGGUGGUGGCCCUGUUCAGCGUCUCGGACCGGGACUCGGAGGAGAACGGGCAGGUGCAGUGCGAGCUGCUACAGGGCGACGCGCCCUUCCGCCUCAAGAGCUCCUUCAAGAACUACUACACCAUCGUCACCGAGGGGCCGCUGGACCGCGAGCAGCCGGGAGGCGACGCCUAUACCCUCACGGUGGUGGCGCGGGACAUGGGCGAGCCGGCGCUGAGCACCAGCAAGUCCAUCCAGGUGCGGGUGAGCGACGUGAACGACAACGCGCCGCGCUUCAGCCAGCCCCUCUAUCAGGUCUAUGUGAGCGAGAACAACGUGCCAGGCGCCUACAUCUACGCCGUGAGCGCCACCGACCGGGACCAGGGCGCCAACGCCCAGCUCGCCUACUCCAUCCUGGAGAGCCAGAUCCAGGGCAUGUCCGUCUUCACCUACGUCUCCAUCAACGCCGAGAACGGCUUCCUCUACGCCCUGCGCUCCUUCGACUACGAGCAGCUCAAAGAGUUCAGCUUCCAGGUGGAGGCGCGCGACGCGGGCGAGGAGCCCCAGCCCCUGGCCGGCAACGCCACCGUCAGCAUCAUCGUGGUGGACCAGAACGACAACGCGCCCGCCAUCGUCAGCCCCCUGCCCGGCCGCAACGGCACCCCGGCCCGGGAGGUGCUGCCGCGCAGCGCCGAGCCCGGCUACCUGGUGAGCCGGGUGGCGGCGGUGGACGCGGACGACGGGGAGAACGCGCGCCUCACCUACAGCAUCGCGCGGGGCAACGAGGCCAGCCUCUUCCGCAUGGACUGGCGCACCGGGGAGCUGCGCACCGCGCGCAAGGUGCCGGCCAAGCGCGACCCCCAGCGGCCCUUCGAGCUGGUGAUCGAGGUGCGGGACCACGGGCAGCCGCCGCUUUCCUCCACCGCCGCCAUCCAGGUGAUGCUGGUGGACAGCGCGGUGGAGCGCCAGGGAGGCGGCGGCCUGGGCGCGGGGGGUGGCGGGGGAGGGGCGGGAGGGGAGCAUCGCCCCAGCCGCUCCGGGGGCGAGACCUCGCUGGACCUGACCCUCAUCCUGAUCAUCGCCCUGGGCUCCGUGUCGUUCAUUUUCCUGCUGGCCAUGAUCGUGCUGGCCGUGCGCUGCCAGAAGGAGAAGAAGCUCAACAUCUACACCUGCCUGGCCAGCGACUGCUGCCUGGGCUGCUGCUGCUGCUGCCCCUGCUGCAGCCGCCAAGCCCGGGCUCGCAAGAAGAAGCUGAGCAAGUCGGACAUCAUGCUGGUGCAGAGCUCCAGCGUACCCAGUAACCCGGCCCAGGUCCCCGUGGAGGAAUCGGGCAGCUUCGGAUCCCACCAUCACAACCAGAACUACUGCUACCAGGUCUGCCUCACUCCGGAGUCAGCCAAGACCGACCUGAUGUUCCUCAAGCCCUGCAGCCCAUCUCGGAGCACUGACACUGAGCACAACCCCUGCGGAGCCAUAGCGACAGGUUACACUGACCAGCAACCAGACAUCAUCUCCAAUGGCAGCAUAUUGUCCAACGAGACAAAACAUCAGCGUGCAGAGCUCAGUUAUCUAGUUGAUAGACCCCGACGGGUAAACAGUUCUGCAUUCCAGGAAGCAGACAUAGUAAGCUCUAAGGACAGUGGUCAUGGAGACAGCGAGCAAGGAGACAGUGAUCAUGAUGCCACUAAUCGAGGUCAAUCCUCUGGCAUGGAUCUCUUCUCCAAUUGCACAGAGGAAUGUAAAGCGCUGGGCCACUCGGAUCGGUGCUGGAUGCCCUCCUUUGUCGCAUCCGAUGGACGCCAGGCUGCAGAUUAUCGCAGCAAUCUGCAUGUGCCCGGUAUGGACUCUGUUCCAGACACUGAAGUGUUUGAAACACCAGAAGCCCAGCCUGGAACAGAGAGGUCCUUUUCCACCUUCGGCAAGGAGAAGGCCCUUCACAAUACUCUGGAGAGGAAGGAGUUGGAUGGACUGCUGACUAAUACACGAGCGCCUUACAAACCACCAUAUUUGAAAGUGUCUUUCUUUCUUUCCUGCAGCGCGGAAAAGGAUAUGCUAGUCAAUUCUACAGGACUUACCUGA